AUGGAAUUAAAGGCAAGAAAGUCAGGAAUAUGCUUUAACCAAUCUUUUCAAAUAAAUUCUCAAUUCUCUCUAAAAUCCCAUGAGCCAGCUUCCCCAAGUCCUGACUCCCCAAUUGAUGAGACAAAAAAUUUGAAAUUCACAGAAAAUCCCAAAAAGCCAAAAUUAUUGUCUCAGCAAGCCUCAAGGAGGCAUUCUCCGUCAAUAAUAUCGUCAUCUAUCCACAAAAGAACACUAUUAUAUUCUAAAAAAAUCGAAGGAUCAUCAUCUGUAAGUUCAAUGUCAAGACACAAACGGCAUAGCACUGAUGACAAAAUUGAAGUUUCUGGAAAAUCGCUAAUUGAUAUUCCCAGAUUUUCAUCUCGUCCUAGAAGAACGAUUGCCUUAAAAGCUGAGCGUCUUUCAAUUGAUUUUGAAUGAAAAAACACUCGCGAAUCCCCAAUACCUGGGGAGGCAAGAACUCCUAAAACUUUCAGCAUAAAAUUAUUGCAAAGGCCAAUUAAUUUUUCAGAGAUAAAAAGAAAAAUUGAGCAGCCCGGGAUUUUAUCAGCAAAAUCGCUUUCUAUUAUAAAAUCGACUGCUGCUAAAAAUGCGUAUAUUAAAAGAAAUUGAAAUAAUAUAAAACCAAAAAUUGGGAGUAAACGAGUGCAUUUGUCAAUGGAUCAAAGCUUAUUGCAAUAUGCGACUGAUGAAAUGAUUAAAAAUGAUCAAGCAGAAGCACUUUAUAGGGAGUCAAUAAGAAGUCAAAAACGAAAUUAA